CUCUCCACAAAGUGCACUUCUACGCCAGCAUUAUUCUUCCACGACCUAAGUUUGAGCUAAUGAACUGGUAGCUUUAGUCUUCGCAAUGUCUACUACACUCUCAGAUCUUCCUCCCGAAAUGCGCGCCUUCACCAUCCUCAAAACCAGCACGACUCUUGCGCCUCGACUCGGCAGGCUUACACUACCUGGUCGGAAAGCUCUCGAGACCCCUCACUACCUUGGAAACACCUCACGAGGUGCAGUAUCACACAUUUCACAAGAUAAUUUUCAGAAAAACACGAGCAUCAAUGGCGUCUAUGUCGCACUCGAGGAUUUUGUAGAGAAGCUGCCUCGCCAAACACCUCCAUUAUACCAACUAGAAUCUCCUAAAGAUGAGUCGCCUCUUAGAGACUUUAUCGCUCUUCCCAAAGACACUGUGCUGGUCGUAGGCGCGCGCCGCGUACCCUGCAUACCAUGCCCGACCGCAAAUACCAAUAGCGCACUUAGCAUAUAUACCUCCGUAGGCUUCAGGCAGAUUAGCGCGGAAGACUAUGCCGCGGCUUCUCGAAAGGUCCGACCAGAUAUUGUCGUAGGGUUGGCAGACAUACCAUAUGGACAGCCACAACCUGGUCUCAAAAGGAUUGACAAAAUGAGUGAUAGGACUGAGGAAUGGACGAAGGAGCUCGUGUCCCAAAAGAAUGGCUUAGACAAGACGGCAAAGGCUCCGAAGGCUUCCUACCAGAUCUUCGCGCCUAUACUGCCUUUGGCAAAGGAGCUGCAGACGUGGUACCUAGACCAUCUGAUUGACGAUAUGUUGGAUGAUAUAUCUGGCCUCGCUAUCUACCAUGCACAGUUCCUUGCCGAUCUCCCAGAGCAAGUGCAGGAUCUCCCACGUUUAUCAUUUGAUCCGCCGUCGAGUCCGGGAGCACUGCUCUACCAGAUAUCGCUAGGCAUGGAUAUCUUUACUAUCCCGUUCAUCACCGAAGCUACAGACGCCGGCAUCUCUCUUGACUUCGCGUUUCCUCCCUCAAGGUCAGAGGUGUCUGGCGGAGAGGACGCUGGCAAGAAGUACACCUUAGGAGUCGAUAUGUGGCAGUCUGAGCACGCCCUCUCAGUCACCCCUCUUUCGGACAAUUGCAGCUGCUAUGCCUGCACAAAACACCACCGCGCCUACAUCCAGCAUCUGCUUUCAGCCAAGGAGAUGCUCGGUUGGGUCUUGAUUCAAAUCCACAACCAUGCCAUCAUGGACGCUUUCUUUGCGGGCAUUCGCGAGAGUAUAGCACGGGGCACAUUCGGCGAGGACAAAGUAGCCUUUGAGGCCUUCUAUAAGCCUGAAUUGCCAGAGAAGUCCGGUCAGGGCCCUAGGGUUCGUGGGUACCAAUUCAAGUCUGGGCAGAAUGAGACGAAGAAGAAUCCUGCUGCUUACAAGGUGCUGAAUGCCCCCGAAGAGAGCUCGUCAGAGGCCCCAACACCGAACCCUGAUGCUGUUGCUGGAGAUCUUGAGAAGAUUGGUUUUGCGGAGACAGCGAAAUCGUAGAUCUGUACAUACUACCUAGAUUGGCUCGUAUGUUAGAAGGUUAAACUAGUUCAAAGCUCGAUAUGAAGCUUCGUGCACAUGACUAUUGAAUAGUCCUCAUUGGUCAGCAAUGCAUCAACGAUAGCACUGUCUGAAGUGCUCCAAUAAGCCAUAUGAUUUAGGA